GCACCGUCGGAACGAAAGACCGUGUAUGGCCGCCGCAAGGGGGGGUCAUUUGGAAGUUCUGCAGUGGCUCUGCCAAGAAGAAUGUCCGUGGGAUCAUUUCACCAUUCUUGCGGCUGUCCGCCAUGGAAACGGGCAAGUCUCGAGUUGGGUGCGCGAGAACGGCUGCGAUCUGCCUCCGGAACCACCAGAGCCUGCAUGCUGCUGCCGCCGUUGCAUAGAGUUCUUCGACGUGGGCGAAAAUUGUUGUCAAACGACGUACAUUUUGCUCUACCGUUUUUGCCUAUAUUUGCCGGCUAAGUGGUGCGGGAUUCUGGGAGAUCGAAUCUCCAACAUGCAGCUCCGCCGUUCUGCUCGCGCAGCUGAAAACGGUGUGUGAGGGGCAGUGCAGCCAUAUCAUAAAGUACCGUUCAAGUAUAUACGAGGUCUCCCUUCGGGUUGUAGGUGUCAAGCCGACGGUGACGCAAGAUGACACGCCCGAAAAGCGUUGUGUGCCUUACUUACCGAUCGGCGAAGAAAGUUAUUAAUAGUGCUCUUAUACCGUAUGAAACAUCGCACGUUGUGUUUGGAGUCAGCGCGGGCAGACAACAACUCGCCAGUGAAGGUACCCUAGGUGCUGGUUUGGGGAUUUCGCUCGUUUUGCGAUAAUGAACUGAAAUUCAAUCCGAAACAACACCACAAACACAUGCCGAGGCGAGAGCGCACGCUCCCAACACACCUGUCAACACCCUGCCUGUUGGUCUAUGCACUCAGACUUGUCUACAUAAGCCGCAGAGUAUAGUUGUGCCCACUGCGAAGUGCGGACGAGAAAAUGUGUUGGACAUUGCGAUGCACAGCAAUCUACAUGUCGAAGGUUUUAGGUUUAAGAAUUCUUAACCGAGCUCACAAAUGGUGCUCAAGUUCUCAGAUGAUGGGGUUUCGAGGUGGGCGCUAAAUAACUAUGAUUGGCCGCAGGGGCGGAGACAUGCAAUGAGCGUAUGUAUACAAAUGUACGGCUUUUUUGUCCUCCAUCCCGUCAUUCAUGGGUUGCCGCAGUUUUCCAGGCAUUGACGUCGCGGAACGCAUUCCCGCGAAAUAGAGCCAGUCGUCGCUAUUUUGAGCGUUGAGCACGCACGUCACAGAUACCUGUCGAGCUCCGGGCUUGCGCGGUCAUGUAGCGGCAAGCCUGCGUGCCACUGAGAAGGACGCCUGUGAAGCAACGACUCGGCGCCGACAGGGACGAAAAUCCCAAGCACGAAAAAAAUGGCGGAUCAUAUCUAUUUGCCCCAGACUCAUACGCGGCAUUUUCCGUCGUAUAUUCUCCCUCGCUUUGUGGUGUGUUAUCGUUCGUUGUGCUUUGUUCUUCGCCUGCCGUGCAAAUGAGCAUCGCGCUCGCAAGUCUGUCUACGUACGGUCUUCUCUCUCUAACUCUGCAGUGCUUGGGGCCAUUCCCAGGCGUAUGCAUGAGAACAAGCAUUAUUCUGCACUUGCUGCAAUGCAUGUCAUUCUUCAGGCGCGACGAGAUUCGAAGCCGCCCCUUCCCUCACGAAAAACCGCGUUGUUCUUCAAGUUUCCCCCAAUAUUCCACAUACACACCCAAACCAGUGAAGCCACGCAAACUGUCCGCUGCACCUUCAAGAGGUGGGUUCCAGUCUCUGCGAAGGACGGUCAGCGCCACCUUGAGCUUGAGAUGGAAUCCGCGGUGCCCCCCCCUCAAUCAAGCUCACUCUCACCAACCCUCGCUAGUCAAGCCACACUUGAUUGACCAGUUCGGCACUUCCUCGCCUACAGAACACCCGAGGAACAGACGCCUUCCUAGCACAGUGGUGGGUGAAAUCCACGCUUCACGAACCCUUUUG